AAAUCUGCAAAUUUUUUUUGGUGUUUUAGUUUGUUCUUGAUUUUAGCUUAGGAAGAAGAAGAAGAAGUUUGCAGAAGCUUUCGUUUUUUCUGUUUUUUUUUCAUUUCUUUUUUUAGUUUGGGAAGAAAUAUAAGUUUUAUUAGCUCAGAAUCCCAUUUUCCUUUCGUGGGGUUCGUUUUUCUUGGAAGAAUUUGAGGUUUAUUGCAUUUUUUUAAUUGGGAUUUGAUGUUCAUGUUCGAGAACCCCACGUAGAAAUCUCGAACAUGUGUUGAAUUUUGAAUCUGAAUCGAGUUUUUUGGGAUUGUGGGGUUGAAUAUUUGAAUUUUUAACAGGAAACCCAGAAAUGUUGUCUGUUUGGGCACCUUCUAUGUUGUUGAUUUUAGCUUAAGAAGAAGAAACACAAGCUGUAUUAACUGAAUCCUAUUUUCCUUUCCUGGGUUUUGUUUUUUCUGAGCAGAAGUCGAAGAUAAUUUCGAGGAAUUCGAGGUUUAUUGCAUAUUUUUUGAUUAGGUUGAAAUUUGAUGUUCAUGUUAAAGAACCUCAAAUGUGUUGAAUUCUGAAUCUGAAUCUGAAUUAGGGGUUUUGGGAUUUGAAUGGAACUGCAUUUUACAACGGAAAAUUUCUAAAAAAAGAAACUUUUUUUCCCUGUUUAUUGGAACUUAAAAAUGUUGUCUGUUUCGGAACCUUCUAGAACUCUUAGUUCUCUGGAAGAAAUGCUGGAGUCCCUUAAGCAAAGGGAUGAAAAUGAGAAGCCUAAAGAUUGUCCACCAGCAUUACCAUCUAGGCCAAAGCUAGCUUCUAGAACUAGGCCCCCUUCACCUAAGAGAACGAUGCCUAAUACCCCCGAAAAGAGGGACGUUGAAUUGGAAAGUUGCAAAAGAGAAGAAGAGUUUAAAGGGAAACUAGGUAAUGUGUUUGGAGCUAAAAAGGGUAAAGAGGUGGAUUCUAGUAGUGAGUCACCGUAUGUUAAUUCAUCAGCUCAAAAGGAAUAUAGACACAGAUUUUGGGAAAACGAUGGUGCUAAGCUUGAUAACAAGCUUCCUUAUUCUCUCCCAAAGUUUUGCGACGAUGAGUGGGACGACAACAUGAGUUAUUUUAUUGAGAAGAAGCUUCGUGUUUGGUGCCGUCUGAAAAAUAGACAAUGGGAACCAGGACAGGUGCAAUCAACUUCUGGAGACCAAGCUUCAGUAUUGCUCUCUGAUGGCAGUGUUGUGGCAGUGCCCGUUGGAGAGCUUUUACCUGCAAAUCCAGAUAUUCUUCAGGGCGUGGAUGAUCUCAUACAACUUUGUUAUCUUAACGAGCCAUCAGUUAUUCACAACCUCCAAUAUAGAUAUGCUCAGGAUAGAAUAUAUACUAAGGCGGGGCCUGUUCUAAUAGCAGUCAAUCCCUUCAAAGAGAUCCAAUUGUAUGGGAACAAACUUGUUACAGCAUACAGGAAGAAACUCUUGGAUAGUCCUCACGUUUAUUCUAUCACUGAAACUGCCUACAGUCAAAUGAUGGAAGAUGAAAUAAAUCAAUCCAUCAUCAUAAGUGGGGAAAGUGGAUCAGGGAAGACGGAAACAACAAAAUUCGCAAUUGAAUAUUUGGUUAUGAUUAGUGGAGGCAACAAUCAUGUAGAAAGUGAGCUGCUGCAGACAAGUUGCAUAUUGGAGGCUUUUGGGAAUGCCAAAACCCUCAGGAAUAACAACUCCAGUCGAUUUGGAAGGUUGAUUGAAAUUUAUUUUAGUGCAGAGGGAGGAAUUUGUGGUGCUAAUGUACAAGCAUUUCUUCUUGAAAAGUCAAGAGUGGUUCAACUCGCUCAUGGAGAGAGGUCUUACAAUAUCUUUUACCAGCUAUGUGCUGGGGCUGCUUCUGCUUUGAGAGAUAAACUUAAGCUGAAAGGUGCUUCAGAAUACAACUUUCUCAACCAGAGUAAUUCCUUGGUGAUCCAUAAUGUUGAUGAUGCCAAAAAUUUUCAUACGCUUGUGAAAGCCCUAAACACUCUGGGGAUUUCUGAAAGAGAGCAAGAGCAUACUUUUCAGAUGGUUGCUGCAGUGCUUUGGCUGGGAAACAUAACAUUCCAAGCAAUUGACAAUGGAAACAAUGUUGAAGUUGUGCAAAGUGAAGCCGUUAUAAAUGCUUCUAGCUUGAUGGGCUGUAGUGCCAAUGACCUCAUGCUAGCUUUAUCAACCAGGAAAGUGCAAGCUGGCAAGGAUAAGGUUGUCAAGAGUUUGACCAUGAAACAGGCAAUUGAUACAAGAGAUGCAUUGGCCAAGUUCAUCUAUGCAAACCUGUUUUACUGGAUAGUGGAUAAAAUUAAUAGAUCUCUUGCAAUGGGUAAUGAGAAGACUGGUAGAACCAUAAAUAUUUUAGAUAUUUAUGGUUUCGAAUCAUUUGAGAAAAAUAGCUUUGAACAAUUUUGCAUUAACUAUGCAAAUGAGAGGCUCCAGCAACAUUGUAACCGACAUCUCUUCAAACUUGAGCAAGAAGAAUAUGAAUUGGAUGGAAUUGAUUGGACAAAAGUAGAUUUUCAAGAUAACCAAGAGUGCUUGGAUCUUUUUGAGCAGAAACCCAUUGGGAUAAUAUCUUUAUUGGAUGAAGAAUCAAAUUUUCAUAAAGCGACUGACUUGGCCUUCGCCAAUAAAAUUAAGCAGCACCUGAAAGCUAAACCUUGCUAUAGAGGAGAUAGAGAAGACUUUGGCAUUCGUCAUUAUGCUGGAGAGGUUAUCUAUGACACAAGUGGUUUCUUGGAUAAGAAUAGAGAUACAGUGCAUCCCAACAUUAUUCAGCUACUCUCAUCAAGCAGUGAAGACUUGCUCAAGUUGUUUGCCUCCUCUUUUGCUAAUCAGUCCAAGAAAACAGCAAGUCCAUCAAUUAAUAUUGAGAUAUCAGACUUUCAGAAGCAAACAGUUGCUACUAAAUUUAAGGAUGUAUUGUUCAAAUUGAUGCAGCAGUUGGAAAGUACUGCGCCACACUUCAUUUGUUGCAUAAAACCAAACAAUAAGCAGGUUCCUGGCAUGUACAGCAAUGAUCUCGUCUUCGAGCAGCUCAAAAGCUACUGUCUUCUUGAGGUUGUUAGGAUCUCUAGAUCUGGGUAUCCUACUAGGAUGCCACAUCAAGAAUUCUGUAAAAGGUACGGUGUCCUUCUUCCAGAAGACCAUGAAUGCAAAGAUCCCUUAAGCAUGUCAGUUUCCAUUCUGCGGCAAUUUGACAUCCUUCCUGAAAUGUACCAAGUUGGGUAUACAAAGUUAUAUUUCCGGGCAGGACAGAUUGCUGUGCUGGAGGAUGUGAGGAAACAAGUUCUGCAAGGCACUCUCGAGGUGCAGAAGUGCUACAGCGGUCCUCAUACCCUUCGUCACUUCCAUGAGCUCAAAGGAGUAGUAAUCAUGCUCCAAUCAUUUGUUCGUGGUGAAAUUGCUAGAAGGAAGUAUAAGGAUUCUAUGGAGUCUAAACGAAAAGUUGCUAACAAAGAAAAUGAUGAGCAGCUGGUGGCUGUUGUGCAGAUACAAUCAGCUAUUCGUUGCUGGUUGGCUCAGAGGCAUCUUAAUCAACUGCAGAAUUUGAAAAAGUCAAAUCAAGACAGACAAAAACCAGCCAAAAAGACUUCGGAGGUGAAGCAGGACUUGCCUGCAGAAAUUUUACCUUCUGUUGUCGAAGACCUCGAAAGGCGGGUUUUGGUGGCUGAGGCAACCCUUGAAGAGAAGGAAAAGGAAAAUGCUGCCCUAAAAGAGCAAGUAAAUCAAUUGGAGUCCCGAUGGUCAGAUUAUGAGGUCAGGAUGAGGUCGAUGGAGGAGAUGUGGCAAAAGCAAAUGGCAUCCUUGCAGGCAAGUUUGGUUUCAGCCAAGAAGAGCCUCGGUGUUGACAAUCCUGCCGGUCACCCUGGAAAACCUGAAGGUUCCCCAUCUCCUUGCGGUUAUGAAUCUGAAGACACAACAACAUCUAUGGGCACUCGCACUCCUGGGGGCAGCACUCCUAUAGAAUAUGCUAGCAACGGUGUAGAUUUUGGAGGUAUUAGAGAGAUUAAUGGCGGUUUAUGUGUAGUCAAUUACCUUAACAGGGAGUUUGAGCUACGAAAACAAAAUUUUGAUGAAGAAGCCAUGGCAAUUGCUCAGUUGAAGUCAGGGCAGUUACAGUCUACUAGUCCUGCAGAAGAUUUUCGAAGACUCAGACACAAGUUUGACGAAUGGAAGAAAGACUACAAGGCUCGGUUAAAGGAGACAAAAUCGAAGGUACACAAGCUUGGUUAUUCAGAAGCAGAGAAAACUCGUAGAAAUUGGUGGGGAAAGAAGAGCAAAAGAUAACUACUUUAAAUAAUUCUUCUUCUUCGUCGUCAUCUUUAGUGUGUGAAAAAUGUAUAGAUGAAACUAAUUUUCCCAACUAUGGGUUCUUAGUGUAACAGAAUUUAGCGGAGACUGGGGAAUGUAGUGUGCUCCGAUCGAAAGGAUCCACUCUCUCCUUAGAUAGUUCUAGUCCUGUUUGUGAAAAAGUCUGUUGUAGACUAUGUUAGAUUCUUGAACAUACAUCCAUAGAGUUUUGCAGAAGUUGUGAUAGAUCAGUUGCAAACUGCAGAAUGAUUUAUUUUACAA